CGAGACCGGGUUAGGCGGCCCGCGGCAGUGAUAGGGAGCCUUGUGUGUAGUUAGAGUUUCGGCAACCCGGCGGCUGUGAGAGGGGUCUGGAGUCCUCCCGGCGGCGACCGAACCAAGGUCAACAGCGACCGGAGCAGCAGUCGAAGGCCGGGCGCGGCAUGUCCCCGGUGCCUCGGCGCAGACAGUGAAGCGCGGGGCGAGCGGGAUGGGUCGGCGCCGGGCGCCAGAGCUCUACCGGGCCCCGUUCCCGUUGUACGCGCUUCAGGUCGACCCCAGCGCUGGGCUGCUCAUCGCUGCGGGCGGAGGAGGCGCCGCCAAGACCGGCAUAAAGAACGGCGUGCACUUUCUGCAACUGGAGCAGAUUAAUGGGCGCCUUAGCGCCUCCUUACUACACUCCCAUGACACAGAGACACGGGCCACCAUGAACUUGGCGCUGGCCGGUAACAUCCUUGCUGCGGGGCAGGAUGCCCACUGUCAGCUCCUGCGCUUCCAGACCCAUCAGCAGAAGAGCAAAAACAAGGCAGAGAAGGCAGGUUCCAAGGAGCAGGGGCCUCGACAAAGGAAAAGGGCUGCCCCGGCAGAGAAGUCUGGAGCUGAAACCCACCAGGAGGAGGUAGAAUUCAGCGUAGAGAAUCUGCAGGCGGUGCAGACAGACUUCGGCCCUGAUCCACUGCAGAAAGUUGUAUGCUUCAACCAUGAUAAUACCCUGCUUGCCACUGGAGGGACGGAUGGCUACGUUCGUGUCUGGAAGGUACCCACCUUGGAGAAAGUUCUGGAGUUCAGAGCCCACGAAGGGGAGAUUGAGGACCUGGCUUUGGGGCCUGAUGGCAAGUUGGUAACUGUGGGCUGGGACCUUAAGGCCUCCGUGUGGCAGAAGGAUCAGCUGGUGACACAGCUGCACUGGCAAGAGAACGGACCCACCUUUUCUAACACGCCUUACCGCUACCAGGCCUGCAGGUUUGGGCAGGUUCCAGACCAGCCUGCUGGGCUGCGACUCUUCACGGUGCAGAUUCCCCACAAGCGUCUGCGCCAGCCCCCGCCCUGCUACCUCACAGCCUGGGAUGGCUCCACGUUCUUGCCCCUUCGGACCAAGUCCUGUGGCCAUGAAGUCGUCUCCUGCCUUAGUGUCAGUGAAUCGGGCACCUUCCUAGGCCUGGGCACGGUCACUGGCUCUGUUGCCAUCUACAUAGCUUUCUCUCUCCAGCGCCUGUACUACGUGAAGGAGGCCCAUGGCAUCGUGGUGACGGAUGUGGCCUUUCUACCUGAGAAGGGUCGUGGUCCAGAGCUCCUUGGGUCCCAGGAAACUGCUCUGUUUUCUGUGGCUGUUGAUAGCCGUUGCCAGCUACACCUGCUGCCCUCACGACGGAGUGUUCCUGUAUGGCUGCUGCUGCUGCUGUGUGUCGGGCUUAUCGUUAUGACCAUCCUGCUGCUCCAGAGGGCCUUUCCAGCUUUUCUUUAGCCUCCCUGCUCCCAGGGAGCCAGGGGCCUGGACACUGCCACCUUCCAGACCAGUGUGGAGGCCUGUAGCCCACUGCUCGCUCCAUCUGGGUCCGCAGCUGAGGUUGCCUCUGAUGAGACUAACGGGCAAUGCCUGCCCUUUCCAGUUAAAGCUUGGCUGUGGCCCUGUGCGACACUGAGUCCUGGGAACCUUGCAUUCGUCAUCUGUGGAUCCGCCCAGGACAGUGGUGUCUGAAGGCCAGGCCACACCACCUGUCUCCUUCCCUCUGCCUACCAGAGCCUCCAUAGUUGAGCUUGUCCUUUCUCCAGAAAUAUGUGAAGAUGCCCAAGAACCUGGAGGCAGUGCUGUCCUUCCUGCAGAAACAGUCGUUUUCUUCUCCUCCCCUCACAGCCUCGUGGCCAGUUGCUCUUCACAUGAGCCCCUGGCAUUUGCUGGGGCAAGCACUGGCCUGGGACUUGGUAUUAGGGAAGGAAGGGGCAAAAGGAAGGACCAGGCAGUAAUCUUUGGGUUCAGCUGGUAGCUCCAAGCCAGCCAGGCUAAAUAUGCAGUAAAUUCCUGGACAGUCUACCCUAGCCUUGAGAAAAGGGAAAAUGAACUUCAGCGCAUUAGGCAGGAAAAGUUGAUAUUUAAUAAACAAGUGAAGACUGAAC